AAUCAAAGCACGUCACCAAGGUGUUGUCCAGCUGCCUUUGACAGGUAUAAUGAUGUCGCCAACAAUGGGACAACGGCGACCGACAAGGGUGGACACACACGUCCGGUCCUUGCGUGGGUUUUAAACGUUUUGCCUGUUGUUUAAACACAGCUUCCGUGGAUUUGGAGGACAUGAGCGGAGUCCGUGGAUGUAGCAGCAGAGCAGCCUGCUAACCGAGCACCGAGAGAAAGUAGCCAUUGUUUUAGUUGAUGGCUAACAUGGCAACCAGAGCUAGCAGCGUCUGCUAAAGGGCUUCGUGGGAUUGUGGAACCUAUCGCUGUGAUCAUCCCACAGGAUGUGUGACGGCUGCGAGGCUGGUGAUCAGUGCCGGUGCCUCUCUUCCAAAACCCUGUUGCACCAUUCUACUUCUCCAUCUCCCUGAAAAUCUGUCUUCCAUUCUGCAAAAAUGACCAACAGGAAAGAGCCACCCUUCUUCAAUGACGACAGCGCAGGAGCUUUUCAGUACAAGUUCCCUUUUUACGACACUAUGGAGCUGUUCAUAGAGACGCUGACAGGAACCUGCUUUGAGCUGCGUGUGCUGCCCUUCGAGGCUGUCGUUUCAGUCAAGGCAAAGAUCCAGCGCCUUGAAGGUAUUCCUGUUGCCCAGCAACACCUUAUCUGGAACAAUCUGGAGCUGGAUGAUGAGCAUUGUCUCCACGAUUAUGGCAUUGCUGAAGGCUGCACUCUGAAGCUGGUCUUAGCCAUGAGGGGAGGGCCAAUCAACAUUAGGAGAGGUAACAGAAACACUGCAGUAACAAUGGAGGAUCCUAUCAAAGACGUGUCCAACCUGAUGGACAGCACAAAGGAGGACGGUUGGGAGAAGAGCAUCAGCAACAAGCAGGUCACAUUUGUGGUCUAUCGAAAGGGGGACCAGCUGAGCUUCUUCAGAGUGGUGGACAGAGGUGAUGGCACUUUGACCCCGUUGUCUGAAUCUGUAAGCGCCGGUUCUGUAUUCAACAUGUAUGCAGAGGAGGAGGAUGGAGAUAAUUCUGCAGCUGCUCAGCACAGCCUUGAGAACUCCAUCACCAUGAAUAAAAUGAAGCUGCUCAAAGCCAAGAUGGAGGACAUGAACCUUAACAAGAAGCCGAAAAAGUCUGCAAAGGUGAAACCUCGAGCCCCAGUCAGUUCACACCCCUGUGGUGGUUCACCAGGUUCUACCAGCACGCGGCACCAUCACCGACUCUUUCGUUCUCUACAUCAUUUAAACCACUCUCAGCAUCUAAGCCCACAGCUACCUCCUAUUGCUGACCACAAAACCAUAGAGUCUUCAUCACCUUCUGCAGCAGCAGCAUCCGCCCACCUGCACAUCCCCCGUAGGGCCUCGCCCUCCAUCUUCUCCUCUUCCUGUUACAUGCUGCAUGAAGAAGAGCCAUGGGAGACUUGUCCAGCAUUUGCUAAAAUACGACCCCCUCCCAAAGUGUCCCGAUUAGACAUCGGCAGCACUAGGUUGAUGAGGGACUGCGUGUACCCUCAGCUUCCACCUCUCUGUACCAGAGGUCCGCCAGAGGCUGUUUUUGAUCCUGCUGACCCCUCAGGAGAGGCAGUUGGACUGGGUUUGUUAGAUGAAGGUCCUGGACUUGUGGCACCAACACAAGCCGGUGCUUCGUUUGGGGAGCUCUCAGAUCCACUGAGUCUGGACGUAUCCUCCCAGGUGGAGGGAGGUUGUAGGUCCCUCGAGGUUGCUGCUCAGCACCAGUUGCCCCUUUCCCCUUCCCCUCUCAGUACCUGGACUCUUGGUAAAAGCGAUUCUCUGACCAGCAGAGCUGACAGAGCAGAACUUGGCACGUCUUUUCAAAUUGGCCCUUCCUCUCCUUUACCCACCACUUCCUCCAGACUGCUGCCUCAGCCGUUCGACUCCACUCUCUCCUGUUUACAGGACAGACUUCAAGCACAAUCCUCCGCACCUGACAAGCCAAGCAACACAUCCCCUCACACCUCUGCCGUCUCAUCAUCAUCUCACGCCUCACACGUCGGUGCUGUUAAAGCCGAGGCUUCUGGCAGGAGGCCAGAGCAGCUCUCAAAGGCAGGAGCAAGAAGCAUCACAAAAUUGGUCAACCGAGCUUGCAAGGACCCUCUGGGAAUUCAGGACAACUCUGAGCUCCUGGCAUCUGUCUCCACAAGGGCUACAGACAGCAGGAGGAGCAGGGACGGCCUCGGGGACAGCGUUGGUCUUGCAGUGGCAUUGCCUCCUUCUGCUGCCUUGGGACAGGGCAGCCAUGGCUCCAGGCUGCCGUCCAUCACAACUAACAGGCUCCUUCAGGAGGGUCUUAUCAGGCCAGUGUCUCCAUUGCACCGAGCUGCUUCUUCUUACAUGGCCACCAACACUCAUGUUCCAACAGGAGGAGUCAUGGCUUCAUUUGGGAGAAUAGGCGCUCAGACUCACCACCUACCUCCAGUCAAAGCUCCCACUGGCAGCAAAAAGAAAAGCUCAAAGCACUGCUUCCUCUGUGACAAAAAGACCGGUCUGGCCACCAGCUACAAGUGCAGGUGCGGUCACAACUUUUGCGCCACACACCGCUACGCAGAGACACACGACUGCGCCUACGACUACAAAAGUGCCGGACGGCGACUCCUGCAGGAGAGCAACCCACUUAUCAGCGCUCCCAAACUGCCCAAGAUCUAGCCCCACCUUCCCCAUGUGGUGAAAUUACAGUACUGCAGGUUGAAGUGAGAGAGACCUGAAGAGAUUGUCCGUCGAUGAGAAGCAGGGGAAAGAAAAGCACCUAUUCACCACUGUGCUUUUUUUUUAGCAGCCAAGUUUGAUGAACAUUAGCAUCAGAUUUUUUGUUGAAGCCAAACGGACUAAAGGAACAGACUGAAAAAACAGCCCGGAACAAACUUCACUUCUCUACAAUGUGAAAAUACAGUUUGAUUUUUUUUUUUAAAUCCUUUUUUCUCUCUUCUUUCUUCAAAUUAUAUCUGUUGCACAUUCACAACUUUUAAUAGUUUUUUUUUAACUUUUUUUUUUUUUAAUCACUGACUUCUUAGGACAAGUCUUUGACAGAUGCACUUUAGCUCCAUCAUAUUUAUACACUUACUCUUGUUGUCGUUGGGGGUGAGGACACUGACAGUGAGGUUGUUGUCGAUGAGAUUCUUCUUCGUUCUUAAAGCGGCACAUACAUGCUAAUAUCACUGCUUUAUUUCUGGGAAAAGAACACUUCACCAUGUCUACUAAUGAAACGCUUAAUAUUUAUUACUAAUUUACGACUUAUUUAUGAUUAAAAAAAAUUGGUUUUUAUUAUAGCAGAUUAUGCAAAGUGUGUAUAGGUGUGCGUGUCAGUGGUGACCUGUGUAGGCUGGGGGUGUGUUAUGGUGUCAUUGAUAUGUGUGUGUGUGUGUACAGUUCAGUGGUUGCCAUAUUAAAAAAAAAUCUUUUGUAUGUCUUUUUAUUGCUCAGCUGUUGCAAAAACUUCAAAUGCUGUUAAAGUAUCUACAGGGGUUUGAUCUAAUAAAGUCUCUUCUUAACCUUUC